UUAUAAGUACAAGUAUACAUAUUUUCGCAUAAUUUUAUUGAAUUUACGUCAAAUGAAAAUCCCAAUAAUACUCAUUUCAAGUAUGCAUGUAUUUUUCAAAUUUGCAACUUACAUUUGUCCCAAUAUGCGAUAAAGAUAAACAACAAUAAAUAUCAAAUAUUUGUAAUAAUUGUCGAUUUAGCAAUGACCAUUUUCCAAUGACAUUAAAGUUAUAAUAUACAUUGGUGACAUCGUGAAGCAAAGAAAAUCAAGAUUGCCAAUAUUAGAAAAUUGAUCUGUGUUCAUUUCAACGAACUCGUAGGUGUGAGAGAUUGUUUACAAAGUUUUGUUUAGAUUAUUUAUGUGAUUUGGAAACUGUUUGAAAAACAAAUUGUUAACAAUUCGAAUGGAAAAUCGGUUACGUAUGUAUACAAAGGAAUAAAUGAAAUUAUCGUCGUUGGGAAAGAGACAAGUAACCUUGUCCGCGAUUGAAUAACAGAGACAUUCGAAUACCGACCGGCGUUUAAAUAUUAUCCUUCCUCAUAUCGCUACUCUAAAAUUCAUUUAUUUUUAUUAUUUUGACUGAUUGUAUUUAGAUAUUUGAUAAACUAAAACAUAUUUAGUGAAAAAGUGUGUUGUCAAGUACAUUAGUUUUCGUUGGAAAAUGAAAUAGGAAGUUCAUUUUUCUAUAACGAUUGACGUUACGUUCAUUCAAUAAAUUUUCAUAUUAUAAUUAUUUCUAUUGACGACAAAAUGUUCUGUCGCGAAGGAAAACUAAGCUUAUUGUUCUUUAGUGCGGCUAUUAUUAUUGCACUUAUACCAGAAUUAGUUUCGAGGUUAGAACCGGAUAAAAGUAUAUAUUUUGAAAAUAUAUGGCUUUCACAUAUUCUUCAGUACGGUUUUUGCAAUCUCUUUCUACCCCUUCUCUUUCGUGGAUUCGAAUACCAGGUCGUAUUAAGAUCCACGUUUCUAGGAUAUGUCGUGGGUAUUGGAAUAACGAUAUUUUCUACAGCUUUGCCUUCAUGGCAAAUGUUUGGUGCUUAUAUGAUAUUACUAGCUAUAUUCCAUUAUAGCGAAUUUUUGUCUAUAUCAUUGGUAAAUCCGGCGUCCUUAUCUGUAGAUACGUUCCUUCUCAAUCACAGCAUUGCUUAUGGCAUAGCUGCCUCUUUUAGUUGGAUAGAAUAUGUUAUAGAAAGGCAUUUCUUCCCAGAAAUGAAAGUUGCCUCUUAUGUUUCUUAUUUCGGCAUAAUAUUGUCCAUUUUGGGAGAAUUAUUAAGAAAACUUGCUAUAUUUACGGCUCAAAAUAAUUUUAAUCAUCUUGUACAAAGUGAAAAGAAGAAGGAUCAUGUACUCAUAACGCAUGGUGUUUAUGCAAUAUUUAGACAUCCAAGUUACGUCGGUUGGUUUUAUUGGGCUCUUGGAACUCAGUUAAUACUACAAAAUCCACUUAGCACUUUGGCAUACCUUAUUUCUUCCUGGAGAUUUUUCAACGAUCGUAUUUUUCUAGAAGAAUUGAUGCUAUGUAACUUUUUUGGCGAUGAAUACAUUGAAUACCAAAAAAGAGUACCAACUGGAUUGCCGUUUAUAUCUGGUAAUACAAUUAAUUUAUAGCAAAUUAUAGACGUCUAGCCCAAUAGCAUAUUCCAAUACCGUUAUUCGUUUAAUUAUAUAUCAAAAACGGUCCAAAUGUCUUUCAAUAAAUUACAUUUUUAUCUUAUUUUUAUCAUAUUCAAGCACAAAAUCCUUAGGAAGGUUUCUUUUUAUUUUUCUAACUAUUAUGAUAAUUUUAUACUGUGCAGUAUUUUAAUUUUUAAUAAUAUUAUAUUAUUAAUAAAUAAUACAACAGCAAAACAAAUGCCAAAUGAGUAGGAAGUUUGCUGUUUGCCGGAAUUUGUUGCUUCGCGUUUUUAUGACGACUCCUGCAAGAUUAAAUUCCAAUUUUCAAUUUCAAAUAUGAAAUAAGACGAGAUUAAAGUAAACUGUU